GAGCGCUAUUUUCACAACAAAUGUUCUUAUAUAACCUCUCUCUGCAGGCGCCAACGACAAUCAGCGCUGCGAUUCUGGGCCAUUUCAUGGGCACCAAGCAGCAGGAGGUAGUGGUAGCGCGGCAGCAACGGCUGGAGCUGUGGAAGGCGGACACGAACACAGGCAAGCUGUCGGUGAUAUACUCGGAGGACCUGUUCUGCCGUAUCCGCAGCAUUGCGCCAUUCCGACUGACCGGCAGCACUAAGGACUAUGUUGUGCUCGGCUCCGACACAGGAGCAGCGGCUGUACUCGAGUUUGACACUAAGGAGAACAGGUUUAAGACGCUCCAGUAUCACGAAUAUGGACGCACCGGGCUCCGGCGGAUUAUACCGGGCCAGUAUGUUGCCAGCGACCCGCGCGGGCGAGCAGUCAUGGUGGGCAGUGUUGAGCGUGCCAGGCUCGUGUACAUUAUCAGCCGUGAUACAGAAGGCAAUGUGAUGAUGGGAUCGCCGCUUGAGGCCAACAAGGCCCAGUCAAUCUGCUUUGACAUUGUCGGCGUUGAUGUUGGCUACGAGAACCCGGUGUUUGCGACAAUAGAGACCAACUACGGCGACACCGACCACGAUCCGGAUGCAGAGGCAGAGAAGCUCUUGGUGUACUAUGAGCUUGAUCUUGGGCUGAACCAUGUUGUGCGCAAGUGGAGCACACCGAUCAGCAAGACAGCCAACAAGCUGAUUGCGCUGCCAGGCAGUAGCGACGGGCCAUCUGGUGUGCUGGUGUGCUCCGAAGGGUUCAUUGAAUACAAGCACAACCUGGAGGCGGCUCGGGAACACCGGGUGCCGAUUCCACGGCGAGUCAACCCGCUUGAGGACACGGGCCGCGGGCUAAUGAUUGUGGCUAGCGCUGUGCACCGCACUAAAACGGCGUUCUUCAUUCUGGCGCAGAGCGAGGACGGCGAUCUGUACAAGAUUACGGUUGACUUCGCCGAGGAUGCUGUCGAGCGGCUGACGAUAAAGUACUUUGACACGAUCCCAAGGUGUGCUAGCAUUGGGAUCCUGCGCGCUGGGUUUCUGUUUGCGGCGUCAGAGAGCGGCAGCCACCAGCUGUACCAGUUUGAGAACCUGGGCGAUGAGGUCGACAUGGUUGAGUACACGAGUACUGAGGAGAACGACGAGCUGGUAUACUUCCAGCCGCAUGAGAUGGCCAGCCUGGCCAUGGUCGAUGAGAUCGACAGCCUGUGCCCGAUGCUCAAGAGCAAGGUGCUGAAUCUGACAGGUGAACAGAUGCCGCAGAUCUACUCGCUGUGCGGGCAAGGAGCGCGCUCAUCGCUGAAGGUAGUGCGUCACGGGCUCGAAGUGGCAGAGUUGGCAGUCUCAGAGCUCCCGGGUAAUCCGCAGGCCGUGUGGACGGUCCGGCGCAACAUCAAUGACGAGCAUGACGAGUACAUUGUGGUGAGCUUCUUGGACGCUACGCUGGUGCUGUCGGUAGGGGAGGAAGUCGAGGAAGUCACCGAUUCAGGAUUCCUUACAUCAUCACCAACCCUGUGUCUGCACCGACUCGAUGGUGGAGCACUGCUACAGGUUACGCCACGGGCCGUGCGCCACAUCCUUCCUGAUGGGCGGGUAAACGAAUGGCAGCCGCCACAGAACCGCGAGAUUUCAAGCAGCGCAGCAAACUCACGGCAGGUUGUUGUAACGCUGGCUCGUUCCGGCGGCCAGGCGAUAUACUUUGAGCUCGAUUUGCAGACUGGCACGCUGCGCGAGUACGACGAGCGACUGGCUAUCGGCAGCGAUGCGACGUGUUUGGCGCUGUCACCUGUUGCUGAGGGCCAGCGGAAUGCGUCGUUCCUGGCGGUUGGGUGCGAGGACGACACAGUGAGGAUCUUUUCGCUUGAUCCACAGCGCUGUCUCGAGCCACUGAGCAUGCAGGCGGUUGCUGAGUGUGCGCAGUCUGUGGCCAUCGUCAGCCAGAUGGAGACACUGACACUGUAUGUGGGGCUGCGCAACGGCCUGCAGAUGCGGGCGUCUAUUGACGAUGUAUCGGGCGAAAUUGAGGAUUCGCGGAUGCAGUUCCUGGGCAGCCAGGCAGUGCAGCUGUGCACAAUAAAGGUGCGUGGUGAGGAGGCAGUUGUGGCGCUUUCGACAGCGCCAUGGAUCAGCCACGUGCACCAAGGAAGGCUACGCACUACCCCGCUGUCGUAUGAUGCACUGACAUAUGCGUCAUCGUUCAGCUCAGAUCAGUGUCCUGAGGGGAUCGUCGCUGUGGUCGAGAACACUCUGCGGAUCCUGACACUGGAUCGGCUCGAUUCCGUGCUGAACCAAGCGACGAUUGGGCUGACGUAUACGCCACGCGACUUUAUCCUGAACGACGCGUCGAAGCACUUUGUGAUCAUCGAGGCAGAGCAUGGGCACUACUCGGCGACCCAGUUCAGGCAGGAGCUGCUUGCUCGUGGUGUUGUGGAUAGUGAAGAGGAGGCGGAAAGCGCGGUCUUGCCGCCGGAGCAGUUUGGUCUGGUCAGAUCCAGAUCAGGCAUGUGGGCGUCGCUGAUUCGGGUUCUGAAUCCAUUCGACGGCGAGAGCACGCAGAUCAUCGAGCUCACAGACAACCAGGUAGCGGUAUCGAUGGCCACAGUGACAUUUGCGAGCCAUCCUGACGAAAAGUUCGUGGCAGUUGGCUGUGCGCGCAACAUGACGUUGAAGCCGCGUGCGUGCAGCGAUGCGUCGAUUCGCAUCUACCGGUGGAUCAACGAAGGUACGCAGCUGGAGCUUUUGCACGCAACUGUCGUUGAUGAGAUCCCGCAGGCGCUGGCAGCGUUCAAUGGCAUGCUGGUGGUGGGGCUUGGCCGCGUGCUGCGUCUGUAUGAUCUCGGGAUCAAGCGGCUGCUGAAGAAGGCGCAGAGCGUGGUCGCCCCGCGGCUGGUUAGCGUGAUCCGUCCGCACCCGUCCGAGCCCUCGCAGCUGUUUAUUGGCGACGUGCAGGAGUCGGUGCAGCUUGUGACGUUUAAUCAGAACACGCACAAUUUCCAUGUCAUCCUCGAUGACACCUUGCCACGGUACAUUACGUGCAUGCAUGCUCUGGGCGACGGAGACACGGUGGUUGCUGGCGACAAGUUUGGCAAUUUGUUUGGUGUGCGUGCACCCGAAUCCGUGUCAAGGUCGCUGCAGACGGAUCCGACGGGCAAUCGUCUGAUCUACGAGAAGCCAAGGCUGGGUGGAGCGGCAAACCGGUGGAGCUCCGUUGUCGAGUACCACACUGGCGACAUCAUUACAUCCAUUGAGACGUGUGCAUUGGCGGCUGGCGGGCGGGAGGUGAUUCUGUAUACGACUUUGCUUGGGUCUGUGCAGGUGGCUGUGCCGUUUGUCAGUCAGAGCGACGUGACGCUGUUCCAGAAGCUGGAGCAGCUGAUGCGCGAGCGAGCGCCGCCAAUCUCGGGCCGGGACCACCAGUCGUACCGGUCUGCAGUCGUGCCUGUGCGGUGUGUGGUGGACGGCGAUCUCUGCGAGCGGUACUUUACACUGGAUCACGAGACGCGCGAGGCGAUCUCUGAUGAGCUUGAUCGCACGCAGCAGGAUAUCUGCAAGAAAAUCGAAGAUAUGAGAUCUCUAUUUGCGUUUUAGGAAUAAAAAGGUGC